UCCUCCUUUUGCAGAAAGAGGGACAUCAACAUUUGUGUCAGUUACCUGUCCACACCGCUGCGAUUUAAUCAUUGUGGAUGAAAAUCAAUUUUUGAGGCGAAUCGAGAAGAUAAUGUUUUACACUUGUGUUUACUUAUAGACUGAUCUGGGCCUUGUUUAUUAUGGGUGUGAAGACAAUCAUGAAAACAGCUAACAGGUCUUUGCUGUACUGGAAUGGAUUACACAUUGUGCCUUGAACAUACCUUGAGUAUUUAUCUAUUGUAAGCUUCUGUUUUUGGAAAUCAUCAGACAUUUUUUUUCUUUCUAUUUCUGGACUUUAACUAGUAGUCCAUCAUGGCUCUUAUGAAGAUGAAAUUUGAUCUGAAGAAGCGGGUGAAGCUUGCCCAGAUGCUAUGGCUCAUGUACUGGUUUUCCGUAAUGGCUGGCGUGCUGGUCUUCAGCAUGGGCCUUUUCUUUAAAAUUGAACUGCGCAAGAGAAGUGAACUUAUGGACAACAAUGAGAGUCAUUUUGCACCCAAUCUGCUAAUUGGUGUUGGUCUUUUGGCAUGUGGUCUCAACGCCUUUGGGGGCAAGAUCUGCUAUGAUUCCCUUGAUUCCAACAAGUUUGCAAAAUGGAAGACAGUUCUGAAGCCCUUCCUCAUUUGUUGUUUGUUCUUUAACGUUUUCCUCGUCCUCACAGCGGUUCUUUGUUUUGCCAUGCGCAUUCCUCUAGAGUUUACACUAGCUGAGGGCCUGAAAAAUGGAAUGAAGUACUACAAGGACACAGAUACACCUGGUCGCUGCUACAUGAAGAGAACUCUGGAUCUCAUGCAGAUGGAGUUCCGGUGCUGCGGCAACAAUAACUACAAAGACUGGUUUGAGAUCCAGUGGGUGAGCAACCGUUACCUGGAUUUCAGCUCCAAGGAAGUCAAAGAUCGAAUCAGCAGCAAUGUGGAUGGAAAAUACCUCAUGGAUGGAGUUCCCUUUAGUUGUUGUAACCCAAGCUCACCAAGACCCUGCAUCCAACAGCAAAUAACCAACAACUCAGCUCACUACAGCUAUGACCACCACACUGAAGAUCUCAACAUCUGGAAACGUGGCUGCCGAGAUGCUCUUGUAUCCUACUAUGGUGGAAUGAUGAGCACCAUUGGGAUACUUGUGCUGCUGGUCACCCUCUUGGAAAUUGCUGUAAUGAUUGGACUACAGUACGUAAACACCUCUCUGUCCACGCUGGUGAACCCAGAAGACCCUGAGAGCGAGAGUGAGGGCUGGAUCCUGGAGAAAACUGUCAAAGAGACCUUCACUGACAUCAUGGCUAAGAUGAAGGCUAUGGGCAAAGGCAGUCAAGUGGAAGAGGGAGCACAGGAAGAGGCUGUUGCCACUGUAAGCUGAGUGAGCUUAGCCCACCAGAACUUUGGCCACACCUACCUGAGGUAGAGAGCUGUGGGACACCGCCUGAAUCUGACACUGUAACUAUAUCACUCACACAACACAAAGUGAAGACGAAGCCAAUUAAUGAAGACCUGGCGAAGAAGAAAACAACAACAACCAAAAUACAAACCCUUGUCAUUUAGUAAUAUUAUGUUUUUAUAAAGUCUGUAUAUUUCAUUUAUAUGGUAGCGCAAUAUUAUGUUGAAAUCCCCAGAAAAAAACAUUGAGUUUAAAAAUCUUGAAGUAUUCAAAAUACAUUUUUAACAAGCUUUGCUCCCCUAAUUGACUUUGUACUUUGCUGCACAACAUCAAAAAAUGUUGUAGUCAAAUGUUACGUUUACAAUUAUACUUCAGUUUUCAUUUUGUUUUAUUUAAUGUUCGAGUUGAUAUUCAACCUGAGGAAGGCUACUCUGGGAUUUGGCAAAGUGUAAAAAUUAAAAGAGUGGAAACUAGCUGUAUGAUGCCCUCCCAACGCAACUGUUCCUAUGCAACCAACCAUGCCACUCCUCAGUUCAGUCAGGGCAUUUAUUUAAUAGGAUAUCAUUUAACAACACUUUAAUUGUCAUGUGACAAGUAUGACAAAUGAAAAUAAAACACUACUUUUUAAAUUCUAUAAGGAGCAAGAAGCAAGGUAUGAAAGUGUACAGAUGAGAAUGCACACACUUUUUACAACGAUGGAUGGAGAGACAACAAGUAGAUGUUUUAUUUGUUUUACUUGAAAAUUAAGUAAUGCUUGAUAAAAAUGUAUAGUAUUUUUGAAGCACUAACUAAAAGAGCUGUAAUAUGGUUUCAAUUGAGUAUGACCAGAGCUUUGAACUGGGAUAUGGGAAUGAACGUUUAUUUUUGUGGCCUGCCUAAUAAAUACUCUGUUAAAUUAUCUGCCUGUGAAGAUAAAUACAUCAGAGCUAAAAGGGAGGCUGAUUUUGCCAUUUUAGGAGGCCAGGAACAUUCAAGGCCUCAAUAAGUGCUAUGGUACUGAGUUAUAAGCAGGUACAGGGUGAAAGGAUGCUUGAGAUGGCCCAUGGAGCUGAAGAGAAAGCUUAAGCCUGGCAGCUAAACCCUGACCUGUGACUUCUGCAUACACAAUAACUACACAAAAUGUCCCAGGCCAGAGACUGAAACUCA